UCGCGAGAAGUCGCCGGCCCACCGGCCGGCGGUCUCCGGCCAGGGGCAGCUCCUGAGGCGCCCGGCAGGGGGCGCAGCGCAGCGCUUUGCUCCGCCCGCCUUUCUCUUUCCCGCCGUGUGCGCCGAGCCGCCGGAGACCAACCAGCCGCCGCCAGGCAAUGGGUUCCACAAAGAAGCAUUGUAUGAUGGCUCAAAGUGAAGCAUUUCAGCUGUGAAGAUGUAUGGAGACCUCUAUCACGACUUCAGUUGGUGACCAUUAGUUAUCCCUAAUUCUAAAAGGCAUGCCGCUGUCUUCAGAAACAAACUUCAUAGCUAUGUAAUUUAAAACUAAAAAAGAUAGUGAACAAGUACCAUAGAUAAGAUCAGCGAAAAAAGUUACAUUGCAGAAGACAAAAUGAAUGCUUCUGGAGGAGGUUGUGGAAGCCCUAGCUCUGCUGAAUCUACUAGUGACAUCUUCAAGGAUCUGUGGUCCAAACUAAAAGAAUGUCAUGAUAAAGAAGUACAAGGAUUACAGUUGAAAAUAUCCAAACUGAAAAAGGAAAGGUGUUUGGAUGCAGAGAGGCUUGAAGAGUUUUAUACCAAAAAUCAGCAGCUGAGAGAGCAACAGAAAGGACUUCAUGACACUAUCAAAGUUUUAGAAGACAGAUUAAGAGCAGGAUUAUGCGAUCGCUGUGCAGUAACUGAGGAGCAUAUGAGAAAGAAACAGCAGGAGUUUGAAAAUAUCCGGCAACAGAACCUUAAACUUAUAACGGAACUUAUGAAUGAAAAAAACAACUUACAGGAUGAAAAUAAAAAGAUAUCUGAACAUCUUCAACAGUUGCAGAAGCAGAUGGAGGGGAGAGAGCAACAAGCAAUGGAAUUGGAGGAAGGGGUCAUUCCAGAUUCACCAGUUCAAUCUUUUUCACUAUCAGUGGUUAAUCGUAUCCGAAGAAAGAAAGAGAACAGGCAUGUCCGAUACACAGAGCAAACACAUACAGACCUGGAGCAUUCUGACAGCACUAAUGCAUUUGGAAAAGUUCCAUUGUCGUCAUCCACUCAAAUUCCUAAGCACUGUGGAAAGGAAAUACUAGUGGCAGACACCUGUGACCAAGAACUGUCCCCUAUAGCAAAUAAACAAGGAAGCUAUCCUGUUGCAAAGCCAUCUUUUAACUUGGCUGCAGUUGUUGCAGAAACAAUUGGACUCGUUCAAGAAGAAUCUGAGUCCCAGAGUGUACUGAAUGCUCUUAGAAGUAACAUUCCAAUGACCCAGGUGCCUCAGAGCCCACAGCAGGAAGAAUCCAGAAAACAGCUAGCUCAUGAAUCAUCGAGAAAUGAUGACAACUUGGGACUUUCAGAUCCAUCUCAGAACACUCCAACAGAUGUAGAUUGGGAUUCUCAGGUAGCUUCUCCUGUUUUUGGAGCAUCUAACAACAUGAAGAACAGCCUGACUUCAAGUCUUUCCCCUUCUGUUUUAGAAACAGGACUAAAGUCCAAUGCCAAAAAAGACUCCUUCAACAGUACUUUCAAUUCUAGAUCUCAUAAAGUUAGAUCAAAAUCUGAAGAUGUUGCUUUUGUUGCACCACUUAACCUUGGGACUGAAGUAAACUCUCUUAUCAGCCAGGCCUCAGCCAGUAGGCAGAUGGUUGUGAAAAGGGAUGCAAAUGAAUCCAUAACUUGUAUGGGCAACACUUGCUCAGGUAAACAUGAGAUGAUCAAGAAUGACUUCCUCCUUGCACCCCACAAACAUUUAGCAGACAGAUCUGCUAAAAGAAAGAAAACAGAAGAUGAGCAUGUGACUAGCUGUGAAAAAACAUCUUUCAACAAAGAAAACUCUUUUCCUUUUCAAGCAGACAUUCAACCUGUUAAUGUAGAUCAUAUAAUUGAUAAGCCUCUGGACCUGUCUGAUCGUUUUUCUGCUAUUCGCUGUCAAGAAAAAAGCUCAAGAAGUGAUGAGAUCUGUAAAAAUAAACUAAGACAGGUGACGCUGCGUGAUGUUUUUUCACAGCUGGUGAAGCCCGUUCCAAAGGGUUCUUCAUCCAUCCAAAAUACCAACAAUGGAAGCUAUUUGUCAGGAAAAGAGUCACAGGAAGAUCCCUAUGAACAGGAGAUGAGUCUCCAGUCACGUGGCAAAACAUGCCCAGAUAAAAAACCUUUGAUGCAAAUAAAAGAAGAAAUCUCUGCUUUCAAAAUCCCAUCAUUGCCAAACACAGUGGAGACAGAACUACUUUUUGAUGACAUGAAGGUUGUCAGUGGCCACGAACCAAUCAGAAAGAAAACCAGGACAGGACAUGGAGAAUGUGAGCUGGCAUCUGUGCUUCAACCAAACCCUUGUAGAACAACAAAAACUAAACCACUGCAAAAUGAACAAGAUAAACCAUCCUUAGAAAAUAUACAGUGGAGUAUAGAUCCAGGAGCAGACCUUUCCCAGUACAAAAUGGAUAUUACGGUUAUUGACACCAAGGAAGGCUCUCAAUCAAGAGUAGGAGGAGAGACUGACAUGGACUAUACAUACGUUAGUGAAAGCAUGCUAUUAAAAAUGAAAACUCAAGAGCAGAAAGGAGAAAGCAGUCCAAAGGGAGAAAGAAAAAUGAAUGACAGCUUAGCAGAAAUGUUUGAUCGGACCUCAUAUGAAGAAUAUAAAUCUUGUUUAGAAGAUGAUAGUCCUUCAGCAUGUGAUGAAAAAGAAAAUCCUCUUGAGGAAGAAAAUGAGGAAGUGUCAUCAGCAAGCAAACUAACGAAGCAUGAGAAUAAACAAGAUAAAACCAAGCAGAAAGCUUUUGUGGAGCCAUAUUUUAAAAGCGAUGAAAGAAAAAAUGCUGUGUUAGGUUUUCCUCAUAUUGAGGUUGUUCGGAAGAGAGAAGAGAGAAGAAAAUUGCUGGGCCAUACCUGUAAGGAAUGUGAAAUAUAUUAUGCAGAUAUUCCAGAAGGGGAGAGAGAAAAGAAGCUAGCUGCUUGUUCAAGACAUAGAUUCCGCUACAUUCCUCCUAGUACACCAGAAAACUUCUGGGAGGUUGGAUUUCCUUCCACUCAAACUUGUGUGGAAAGAGGCUAUAUUAAAGAGGAUCUUGCACCCUGUCACCGUCCAAAAAGAAGGCAGCCUUACAAUGUGAUGUUUUCUCCAAAAGGCAAAGAACAGAAGACAUAAAUGAUGGGGCAACAAAGCACAUAAAUGUGGGGGGAAAGUGUUUCCUGUCAUUAGAUAUUUAUAGUUAAUAUAAACUUGAAAUAAAAAUACUAUGGAUUUUUCCAAAAUGAUAAAUCAUUUCAUUAGAUAUGUAAAUCAUUUCCCUCUUAGAAAGCUCAUUUGAAAAUCUGAAGUAUGUAUCAGGAAACACUACUAUUUAAUGUGUCUUUGUUUCAUUUUGUGUUAAUGUUUUGUCUUGAUUUUGCACCUUUAAGACAGUGGAUCUGCUCCUGUUUCCUCCCAUUGAAGUCAAUGGCUAAAUGCCCACUGGACCAUAUCCAAACUUUAAGUAAGGUGGGUGUGACUUCUUUGAGCUCAGUGGAGUUCUACCUGCUCAUUCUAAGUCUAAACAUUGCUUAUAAAUUUCAGUGGGAGCAGGACUGGACCUGGUGGGGUGCUUCCAUUUUGCACUGGAUAACUUAAAGGAUUUAUCACCUUCCCUUUUUUGUAAUAAUUGUGAUAUAUCUAAUUGCAAUAAACAAAGUAGUAUUUAUUAAUGAUUUCACCACCUCAAAACUUUCCCCAGCAGAGAUCGCCAAUCAUAAUUUCUUGUCCCACUGGUGCAUACCAAAAUGGUACUUAUGUCCUCACAAUUUCAGUGGUUUAAGUUGGAAUCUUAAAAUUUUUUGCUCCAGCUUAUCAUAUAUUGCUGUCUUUUUAAUUCAGUGUCAUCUGUAUACCUUUCCUUCAUAGUACCCAAAGUUACAGUGUCUCACCUAUCGCUAAGAAUGUCUGAAUUGAGGGAAGAGUCAAUACCAUUUGGAAUGUAUUGUGCCCAGACUCCUCUUAAAGAUCUUCAACACUA